AUGAGCCCGCAUAGCGUGUCCUCCUCCCAUUCAAGCUCUUGGGAUUCUCCAACAGUCGACUACGCCACACCUGAAUUUGAAGAGUUCGCAGACAGUAUCAACUUUCAUGAGCUCUGUGCCGUAGCCUCAAGCUCUCGAGAUGGGAUGUUAUGUCAGCUGGGUGAGUACGUCAAAUACGAAAUCAAGUUCUCGGACGGAAUUGUCUGGAUAGCGCGCUUUCCAUUGGCAUAUCAGUGUUACCUAUCGGAAGAGAUGAGUGCCUCGUACGCCGCUACUUUGAAAUUCUUGAAGAAGAAGACUACUCUUCCUGUACCCGAGGUAUAUGGAUCUUUCGCCCGGUCGGAUGAACCAAAUAAGGUCAACGCAACAUAUGUCCUCACGCAGCGACUAGAGGGCCGCAUAUUGCCAUCUUUGGACUAUGAAGAUUAUGAUGAUCUGGAACAUUAUACCAACCGGCACAGUACGAAAGAGUUUGCUCAAGCUCGAAAGAUACAUGGACAGUGGACAGAUAUCAUGCUCCAACUGACAUGUUUGCCAUUCGACAAGAUAGGAUCUCUUCAAGAAGGCCCGGAUGGUGAAUUCUAUGUUGGACCGGUCCUCCACCCCGCGUAUGCGCGUUUUAAAGAGAAGACGUCUAUCUACCAUGGUUUUGAGCCUCAUUUGAGAGGCCCAUAUUCUUCCACCACCGAUUACUAUGGCGCCGCAGCCAAACUUGGCAGGGCCUUUUCACUCGUAGACCCCUGUUAUGAAGAUUCUGAAAUGGACUCAGACUUCAAGUAUGAGGUUGUGGGAGAGUAUGAGCUUUUCACAGAGUUCCAAGAAAAGAUCAUCAAUGAAGAAUACGCCAAUGGACCUUUCUAUCUGAUGUGGGAUUUCGAGCUUGGUGAGACUCUAGUAAGAUAA